AUGAAUCCCAGCGAGCUCCAAACGGUGAAGUUCGCCCACGUUGUGGACGGCAAUUUGUUGCAGAGCAAGAAGUCUGAAUGCUGCAAGGACCCGAGAACCAACGAGCCGCUUUGGAAUGUUCCAGUUGCAGGCGAAGAAGAGCUGCAGAUCGCGGUUACUGCAGCUCAGAAUGCCUUUCCGGUUUGGUCCAAGAAGCCGGCCACCGAACGACAGGGCGUCUUAAGACAGCUGGUGGAUGUACUUCGCGAGCACAAAGAGUUUUUGGCAGCAAUUGUUUCAAAGGAGACCGGAAAAUCUGCAUUCAUGGGCGGGUUGGAGAUCGAUCAUAGCAUUGGGUUUCUCGAGUACAAUGAGGGCGAAGCAUCUCAGGAGAUUUCGGAUGAAAUAGUCCACGAAGACGACACUGUGCAGAUCGUUCAGACGCACGUUCCAUUGGGUAUCGUUGGAGCGAUAUGUCCCUGGAAUUUCCCGCUGGUCCUUGCAAUCGCCAAGGUCGCUGCAGCUAUAGUGACGGGGAACUGCAUUAUUGUGAAGCCAUCACCCUUCACUCCAUACAGCAUAUUGAAGUUUGCAGAGAUCGCGACAAAGAUCGUCCCCGCGGGUGUUUUCCAAGCCCUGAAUGGCGACAACUCACUAGGAGCUAGCAUGACAACCCACCCAGGAAUCCAAAAAAUCAGCUUCACUGGCUCGACCAAGACGGGCAAGAAGAUAAUGGAGGCUGCCAGUGGAACACUGAAGCGGAUCACGCUUGAACUCGGUGGCAAUGACGCGACGAUUGUCUGCCCCGAUGUGGACGUGAGCAAGGUCGCGACCGAAGUUGCGAAUGGAUGUCUCUUCAACGCGGGUCAAAUGUGCGUCGCGACAAAGCGGGUCUACGUCCACGAAAGCAUCCGUGAAGAAUUCUUACAGCGUUUUGUGGAAGCGGCGAAGGUAUUCACAGAACAGCCAACCAUGGCACCUCCUAUUUUUGGCCCGGUGCAGAACCAGAUGCAGUAUGCCAUCAUUCAGGGAUUGAUUGAGGAUUGCAAGGCUACGGGGUGCAACAUCAUCGCGGGGCAAAAUCAAUCGCCUAAUGGUCUUUUCAUAGAACCAACUAUUGUGGAUAACCCAUCUGAUGACUCUCGGAUCGUGAAAGAGGAACAAUUUGGUCCGAUCAUCCCCAUCCUAUCCUGGAAGGAUGAAGAGGAGGUGAUUAGGCGUGCCAAUGAUACCGAUGCAGGACUUGGCGCGUGCGUCUGGUCCAAAGAUCCGACUCGUGCUUUGUCAAUCGGUCGACGUCUGGAAGCCGGGUCAGUCUGGAUCAAUAGCUCUGAAAAGCCGAGUCCAGUUGCCUACUUUUCCGGACAUAAGCAGAGUGGCAUCGGUGGCGAAUGGGGCCGUCAAGGUCUUUUGUCCUAUUGCAACACACAGUCAAUCCACAUCUACAAAUAG